CUGUCAAGCCGCACGCACGCAUACUACAGUAUUGUCUCCGAGCGGAGGUUUGUUUGGACAAACCGACUGAAGUGAUAUUCCGCCGGGACCAGCGGACAACUCAAAGUGCGGAGACCGGGUGACGACUCCCGCGCAGCCGGACUGAAGCGACGCGGUGACGGGAGGACCUAGUUUGACCCGUGUCCGGAGAGGGUUUGAUUAGGUUUCCGGUUGUAGCGUUUAGUGAGACGCUAGUUCCACGUCCAGCACCAUUAGCUUAGCCGCCUAGCAUGCUAACAUGCUAACAGGCUGAUGUAGCCGCGGCGCACUGGAGGAAAUGCGCCGGCAGCUCGUCUGGAGCUCCGUGAUUUGGGUGAAAUUGAUGUUCUACUAAAUAAUUAACCACUAUGACGUGUUGUUGGUGGAUGUGGUGAAGUGGUGGCAGCUCUGACGAGGAACGGCGGCAGACGAGGAGGCAGGAGGAGCAGCAGGAGGAGGAGGCUGGGCUGCUCGGAGAGUUAUGAGCAGUUUCAACAUCAGAACCGACACCUCCACGCUGAGCUCCUCUUUGGGAACCGACAGUCAGGGCUCAUCGCUCGGCGUCACCACCACCACCACCAACAACAACACCAAGGACUGGGUCGUGGGGAGCGAUGGGUUCCCUUGCUGCCACGAGAUGAGUCCCAUGGACGAGACGGUGCAGGCGGGGAUGUCAUCGGUCCAGUCGGGACAUGACGGGCACCUGCCCUUUCUACACGCCGGGCACCGCAGCCCAGAGGACGGCUUGCUCCUGGACCUCACUUCCCCCGGAGGCUACAUCGACAGCGGGCCACUCGGGUACAGCAACGGCGGCGGGAGCAACGUCGGGCCGCUGUUCGAGAAGAGGAAGCGGUCGCGGUCCAACAGCUCCAGGAGCCGCUUCAACGAGGUGGUGACGGAGCUGGGACCCGAGGAGGUGCGGUGGUUUUACAAAGAGGACAAGAAAACUUGGAAAGCCUUUGUCGGGCAUGACUCGCUCAACAUCGAGCUCAUGUUUCGGAAAUACUCCGAGCUGCUCCUCAAGGUGGCGGAGUCCCGGGGCAGCGGGGAGAAGGAGCAGGAGGAGGGCUGUGGUGGGGAGGGCAAAGAGCUGAAUGGUGCGGUGCCGGUGGAGACCAGGACCAGCAGCGUGCACGGAGGCCCGGGGUUCCUUGACACGUCCAUCGUGUCCUCAGAGGACCCUGACUGCUUUGAGAUCAACGUGGAGCCUGUGUGCGUCCGGGGAGGGCUCUACGAGGUGGACAUUAAGGAGAGGCAGUGCAACCCCGUCUACUGGAAGCAACAAGAUCACAUUCCGGUGAUGAGAGGCCAGUGGUUUAUUGACGGUACCUGGCUCCCAUUGGAGGAGGAGGAGAGUGACCUCAUCGAGCAGGAGCACCUAAGCCAUUUCCGCGGGCAACAGAUGCAGGACACGUUCGAGUCUGACCUGGUGGUGAAGACCGUCGACAGCAAAGAUGUUUUCUCCCACCUGCCCCCUUUCUACCUCCCUUUUCUGUUCAAAUGGAGUGGAUAUCCGACGAGUGCUAAAACUACAUGUCACAAGCGCAAACGCUGUCAAGCCAUCCACAGUCUGAAGCUGAGUCGGACCCACGUGGAUUGGCACAGCGUGGAUGAGGUCUACCUCUACAGCGACGCCACCACCUCCAAAAUUGCUCGCACCGUGACUCAGAAACUGGGUUUCUCCAAAGCCUCAAGCAGUGGUACAGGGCUCCACCGGGGCUUCGUUGAGGAGGCCUCACCCGAGGACAGACCCCCUCAGACUACACACAUCGUCUUUGUUGUCCAUGGGAUUGGACAGAAGAUGGACCAGGGACGCAUUAUUAAAAACACUGGAAUGCUGAGGGAGGGUGUGAGGAAGAUGGAGGAGAAGCACUUUUCAGAAAUCAGUGACGAGCGUGUGGACUUCCUGCCGGUUGAGUGGCGCUCAAAACUCUCACUGGAUGGAGACACAGUAGACUCAAUCACACCAGACAAAGUGAGAGGACUGAGAGAUCUCCUCAACAGCAGUGCGAUGGACAUCAUGUACUACAACAGCCCCCUGUACAGGGACGAGAUUACCAAAGGCCUAACGCAGGAGCUUAACAGGCUUUACACACUCUUCUGCUCCCGGAAUCCGGAGUUCGAGGAGAGGGGAGGAAAAGUGUCCAUAGUGUCCCACUCCCUCGGCUGCGUCAUCACCUACGACAUCAUGACGGGCUGGGAUCCCGUGCGCUUCUGCCUACAAGAGGAUCGCGCUGUGGGAGAGGAGCUGGACCUGCGCUGGAUGUCCUACCAAGAGAGGAACAUUUUAGAGCAGCUACGGCUCACGAGGAUUAGGUUGCGAGAGUUGGAAACUCAGCUUGUCACACUGGAGGCCUCUAAACCCUCCGCACCUCCAGCCCUGAAAUUUAAGGUGGAUAACUUUUUCUGCGUGGGUUCUCCUCUGGCGGUGUUCUUGGCCCUGAGAGGCAUCCGCCCUGGUAGCAGCUGCCAUCAGGACCACAUCCUGCCCACUCCCAUCUGCAGCAGGCUCUUCAACGUCUUCCAUCCCACAGACCCUGUGGCAUACAGACUGGAGCCCCUCAUCCUUAAACAUUAUAGCAAUAUCGCACCUGUUCAGAUCCACUGGUGUAGCGCCACAAACCCCACAUCCUACGAAGAGGUCCGGCCAACCUUCCUCACCCCAGUCAAAGACCCAACAUCUGACACCGAGAGCAUUCCCAGCCCGAGCACCUCCCCUGUCCUCCCCCGCAGGCACUAUGGAGAAUCCAUCACUAACCUGGGCAAGGCCAGUAUACUCGGAGCGGCGAGCAUAGGCAAAGGUAUCGGAGGCAUCCUCUUCUCACGUUUCUCACGCUCCAACAGCCAGCCUUCAGUGUCUUUAGGACUGGAGGGAGUGACAAACACUGAAGAGGAGGAGCAGAAGCGAGCAGAGAGCCAUUCAGCGUACGGCCUCUCCACCUUGAUCCGGCCCACCUCACCCAUCGUUGACACAUCAUUGGAGCUGGAGCGGCGCAUCGACUUUGAGCUCAGAGAAGGUAUGGUGGAGAGUCGCUACUGGUCAGCAGUUACCUCCCACACAGGCUACUGGUGCUCACAUGACAUCGCUCUCUUCCUGUUGACUUUCAUAUACAAGCAGAAGACGACCUCUGACUUAACAGAAGACGCUCCAGAGCCAGACUGAGUCUGCACAUUACACAACACACUCUUGAAUAAUGUCUGACAACUCUAAAAGGGUUGGCGAGACACAGAAAUAGACUUCAUCCAUUUAUUUUUAUGCGCACAAACUGAUUAAAUACACUUAUCUCUUUCCUUUAUCACCCUGUGAUCCAGCUUUUUUGAAUCUUGGAAAUCAACACAGAUGAACUGACGUAACUCCAAGAUGUGCAUUUAAUGUCUCUUUUUGUUUAUCUCGUACACAAUUGUGCACCCUACGGGUGACAGUGUUGGACCAGGAACCCCUAAGGAGGUGCCCCUUUUACUAGUAUGAGCAGAUGUUGCUUAUAAACAUGAAAUAAGAGCUGAAUGAGUUUGAUGCACCAAGUGGAAAAGACUUAACUUCAUCCCAGACAACAGCAGCAUCCUGUUGGUGAAGUGUCCAUAAGUUUACGGUUGAUUAAUGCUUCUGCCCAGCCUCCUUUCCAGUGACUCUGUCUGGAGCCUUGUGACACACAUGCCUGACCCUCGGUCACUGAGGCUUUCAGAUUAAAGUUUUCUUUGAUAUCGAGGAUAAAAGAAUUAGAGCUGUCAAAAACAGUUUCAUCCUUUCAAGCAUUUCUAACCUGUAACAUCAUGUGUACUUUAUCUCUGAUGCUAACAAGCAAAUUGUAUGCCUUUCAAAAUUAGCCAAACAAUGUUACACAUAACAUACGUGUGGUCUGUUAUACGGAUGAAUUGGUAUCUCUGUUAUUUUCUUUUUCUUUUUUACAGAACCUGAGGGCAUUAUCCCUUUAACAAUGUUUGGGAGCAUGAAGAGAAACAUAACAAACAUAUUAUUUUGUUUUUCUUAUUCUAUGCCAUGAUCACCUCUUUUAUUUAACAUUCAUUCCUAAAUCAGACACCAUGAGCAAACCACCACUUUUAUGCCACACACACAGUCAAUGUUGAGUUUCUAUUAACUAAACAAUUUUGGGGAUAAAAUGCAUCUUAUUACAACAGUUACAGUUUAUCAGGACAUUGUUUUCCAUAAAUGUUUACAGCCACAUAAGGCUUGUAUCAUGAUACUUAUAAAUUAAGCAUUGAGCAUGUGUAUUUAUUUUCUUACACACAGUUUAUGAAUGUUGAUCGUAGUCUAAAACGCUCACAAAGUAUUUUGCUCAAAACAAUCUUACUGAUUCAAACUUGCAUGAUUCUAUUUAACUGAUGUGAUACCAUGUUCAUGUUUUUAUAACCAUAUCCAGAUGAAAUCCGUGGGACUACAUGCAUUUUGAUCUUUAAAAAAAAAAAGAAAUAUAUUCAUAUAUUCUUCCUAGCGAUUUUCAGUCUCUUUUGGACAUGAACAUGGUUCUCAUCUCAGGAAAGUGGGACUCAAACCUGUGGCCAAAUAACGUGUCUAGCUUUCUACGCUCGGAUUUAGUGGUGCAAAGGCUAAUUCAUUCUUCAUGAAAAAAUGUAAUUGGCCUAAGGUAAAAGUAGCAUCUAUUGUCAUUUUGUGGCCAGUGUACACAAACAUUAAUUGUAUCUUAUCGGCCUUUUUUGUGAGUUGGUGACUGGUUCACACUUUGAGAAAAUGAAUAUGAUGCAGCCUGUCUUUUUAUUUAUUUAAAAGAUGGGCUCCUUCACACUUAAAAACCUGAGUUUUCUAAAAAGAGAAAACAAUAUGGACAAAUAGCGAAAGCAGAUCAUGACCAUAUUUUUUUUUAUAAAAGUUUCUGCUAAUCGUGAUUUAUGUAGAGGUCUUUUCUCGACAUGGUCCUUUGACAUCACAGCCAGUAGCAGUUAUGCAGAAAGGAGAAAAGCUCACUCACUUUACGUGGUGUCAUAUAUGUAUAGUAAAUGGAUGCUUUAAGAAGGAAGACAUUGCAGAGAGCGCCAACACACAUCUAAUGAACUGUGUUGGUGUCUUUAUUAAGUAGAAAAAUCUCCUAUGAAUGUUAUUGGAUGUCUAAUUAGAUGAUUUGUGACACAACCCCAGUGGAUGAAGAAAUGGAACGACCCUCAGAUACACAUGUGACAGAGCGUGUUGCCCUCUGUGUUCAAUUUUCCCAGUUAGAAUAUCAAAGAGCUUAUUUUAAUUAGAGACACCGUCACACGCUGUUUGGGAUCAAUUUAUCGGUGUUGUGUGUCUGUUAUGUCCGCAAAGGCCUAAUGACUGAAACCAGGCUGCCUUGUAGUCGACCAGAUGGUAUAGAAUGGACAAAAUAGAAGGGAGAAGGAUAUGGAAGGAUUUCUACAUUUGACCUGGUGGAUCUUGCACAUUCAUCAGCUACGAGUUGCACAGAAAGGAUGUAGAAUACCGCCCGAUUAUUAAUGACUUUAUUUAUUCCUGUUUGCACGUGUUCCAUUGCAGCAAUAGAAAUUUGAAGGUGUUUCUCGGAAAGCAGCAAUGCUAUUUAUCUUGGAGACCUUAGGCGUGCAAUGCAGAAUACGUAGAACACUUCCAUUGUUGCCUCUGCACCUGAAAAAUCACACUUUCAAAUCCAUAUUGUAGGAGUGUGUACAGGCCCUCAGAUCAAUCGCGACAAGGUUUGUGAUUCGGCUCCAAGUUUCCAUGAUUUAUGUGAAAUUUGCACAUUUUCCAUCAGAGCAAUUCUUGAUUCCCGCACAGAUUUUAAACGGUGCUCACUCUGCAUAAGAAAUCAAUAAAUAAACAACUAAACUUGAGAGAAAGACAGAGUUUUGUCAAUGUAAAUUGUACUUUUGACUUCAUGAGCAUUUUAUGCACAACAUUUUGAAUGAUGACAGUAUGCUCUAUUUUUUUGGUCAAAGGUGCAAGCAUCAGGGAAAAGGCUUCUAUACAUUUUUGUAGAUUUAAGUGUUGAUUCUAGUUUGAAGCCAUAAUUCCUUCAAAUGAUCAAGAGCUGUCACGGGUGUGUUGUCAGUCUUUAAAAUAUUCUAAAUCUAAUCAAAGAAGGGCCUGCAGCCAUAUGUCAUCACACACUGGGUGAGAAAGAGAAAACUGCACAUUGAAAGUUAUUGUGUUUUUGAAUGAAAAUUUUGUCAGUUACCACUGUUAACUUUUAAUGGAUGUCUGGAAAAGAUUUUUUUUUGUCUGUCCUUAGAGCUGUGCAAUAACCCAUGCCUGUAAUGGAUUCUAACUGCCAUCCAAAGCAUUGUAUUUAUUUCCUUUUAUUAAAGUAUUUCUUUACAAUGA